UUAUUCUGCGCGACAAUAUUUCUUUCCAUUGAUCUUGAAAUUAUAGGAAAACAAAAUGAAGUUUAAGGCAGAUCAGUUAGAACUUCUAAAAGACUUUGUCAAUCUUAUGAAGUUAAAUCCUGCAGAAAUUCACAAUCCUGACUUAAAGUUCUUCAGAGAUUGGAUUGAAAGUUUUGGAGGAAAUUUACCGCCUCCACCUGAACAAUCAAAUGCAAAUGAGAAUGAAAAUGAACCUGAGGUUGAAGCGAUGGAGGAAGAUGAGAAGCCUGAGGAACCAAAACCCAGUGCUAGUCCAACCACUGUUACCGAGGACAACGAUUCUGAAAGUGAUGAAAGUCCCGAAAGUGAUAUAGAUAUUGAUAAUGAAGGUGUGGUUGAACCAGACACUGAUGAACCACAACCAAUGGGUGAUAUGAGUCUUGAGGUGUCAGAGGAUGAUAUGUCUGAGGCAAGUGAAAAGCGAUCUGCUGGAGUUAUGGCAAUGAAUGAAGGGGAACUGGAUAAAGCUAUUCCCUUAUUGACUGAAGCUGUUUUGAAAAAUCCUCGUUCAGCCCCGACUUACGCCAAGCGAGCGAGUUGUUAUAUACGUAUGGGUAAGCCAAAUGCAGCGAUCCGAGAUUGUAAUCGAGCAAUUGAAAUCAAUCCCGAUUCAGCCCAUUCAUACAAGUGGAGAGGUAGAGCGUACAUGUUACUAGGUCAGUGGGAGAAUGCGAAACGCGACCUGGCAACAGCAUGUAAAAUUGACUGGGAUGAGCAAGCUGACGAGUGGUUGAAAGCAGCUAAACCUAAUGCGUUGAAGAUUGAAGCGCAUAAAAGAAAGCAGGAACGAAAGAGAGAGGAGAAAGAAUUAAAAGAAAGAAGGAAAAGAGUAGAAGCCGCUAAAAAGGAGCGUGAAAGACAACAGCGCGAAGAGGAGGAAAGACGAAAAGCGGAAUCGAGCUUUCCUGGAGCUGCUGGUGGCUUCCCAGGCGGGUUUCCUGGAGGUGCUGGCGGGUUUCCAGGAGGUCCUGGUGGAUUUCCAGGAGCAGGAGGAUUUCCAGGUGCAGGAGGUUUUCCAGGAGCAGGAGGAUUUCCUGGUGGUUUCCCUGGUGCUGGCGGUUUUCCGGGUGCAGGAGAUGCUGGUGGUUCUGCAGGUGGUGCGGCAGGUGGAAUGCCUCCAAACAUGGCGGAUGUGUUAAAGGAUCCCGAAAUUAUGGGAUAUUUACAGGACCCAGAGGUACAAGCGGCCUUACAAGAUAUUAUGUCCAAUCCUGGAAACAUGAGCAAGUACCAAGGCAAUCCGAAAGUCGCGAAGGUUUUCGAGAAGCUAAAUUCAAAAUUGGGACGUUAGCCAGUCUAUUUUACGAGCAACUUUUUUCCAAUGAGGAAGACUUAAAGUUAGGUAUCCAACGAUGAUUAUUAUUAUGUAAAAGCUCAAUAACUAUUCCCUUUUAGCCUUCUACGUGCACCAACCCGGGUUUAAUCUAAGUUAAUUGGGACCAAGACGAGUUAUUUAGUAAGCAAACACGCAUUAGUCCUGUUUCAAACUCGGGUUAAAAUACAACAGAACAGUAACUCCAAAAAACAUUUUGUAUUUUCGUUCAAUCGGCGAAAUGUAGUUUGAAUAAAAAACUACAAAUUGUUGUUUGGAGUUAACAAUACUCAGUGGUAUCCAUAAAAAGUAGUAAUAUAGUAAUAGUAAUAUAGGAUCUAAAAUCGCGAUUUUUGCUUUUGUGAGGUUUUGCAUACCGGUAUAUGGAGUAGGAUAAAUAAUUUCGUACGAUAAUUUUCGAUUUUCGUUUGUUACAAAUUCAUAUUAUUGCAUGUUAACGCAAAAUCUAUCAGAUUAAAACAUUGAUAAAGAUAAUUGCCAUUUGAACAAAAAUCGCAACACUAUAUAUGAUUUUAGUGCUCUUAUGAUGCCUUCAUAUGAGCUGUCAUUCUUGGCAUAUAUUUCAUUUAGAUAGUUUGAUUUGCUUUUCGCCUGAUGUUGAAAACUCGUGUAAGCUUGCUUUAACACCUAAAUACAAU